AUGAGUUCAUCAUCAGCGAUAUACGUUAUUAUUGAUAUUUUUGUAAAAGCAGAAAAAUCUGAAUAUGGUAAAAAAAUACUUUAUGGAUUAGUUGAUCAAUCGAAAAAAGAAGAUGGUUGUAUGAGAUAUCGAUUAUGUGAAAAUUUAACUGACAAAACACAUUUUACAAUUAUUGAACAAUGGGAAUCAGAAGAAAAUUAUGAAGAACAUCUACAGAGUGAACAUAUUAAAAAAGCUGGUGAACAAUUGAAAGAUGAUUUUUUAAAACCAGUCGAGGAGAAACGAUAUAAAUCUGUACAUAUUGAUAACAAUAUGAAGAAAACUAUACCAAAAAACUCAAGCAGUUUUUGCACUAUUUUAUGA